CUUUGAUGUCAACAUGGAGUUUUGUAAGAAAUUUGCACCACAGGUGGCUAGACUACUGAGGCAGCAACAUAGAUUAAGAUGUCAUCAUGUAGUUCAGGGUCAUUAUGCAGUUCAAGGUCAUCAAAUAUACCGACUUCAACACACUGAAAGUUUGGUGUCUGAUGCUGACCUUGGUAUUGCCAGAGUUCCAGUUGAUAUGUUUACUUCUGAUGAACAGAUGAUGAAAGAUGCAGUUGCCAAGCUAGCUAAUGAGGAAAUAAAGCCAAUAGUUGGUGCUAUGGAUGAGGAGGGGGACAUCAGACAGUCAGUGCUGGAUGCUCUCUUUCACAAUGGUUUGAUGGGAAUAGAGAUCCCAACAGAAUACAACGGAGCAGGGGCAUCAUUUUUCUCCUCCAUUCUCACAAUUGAAGAGCUCUCCAAAGUCGACUCCUCAAUAAGUAUCAUGGUUGAUGUUCAAAACACGCUAAUAAACACUUUAAUCAAACAAUUAGGAACUGAAGAACAAAAACAAAAAUAUUUGACAAAACUUGCGACAGACACAGUUGGCAGUUUCUGUUUAUCAGAAGUGUCAUCAGGGAGUGAUGCUUUUGCAAUGAAAACAACUGCAACUAAAAGCAAGAAUAGUGACUAUUUCUCGCUGAAUGGAAGUAAAAUGUGGAUUACUAGUGCUGGAAUAUCUGGGCUCUUUCUUGUCAUGGCCAAUGCUAAACCAUCUGAUGGCUACAAGGGUAUUACAUGCUUUCUCGUGGACAAAGAAUCUGAAGGUCUUUCCAUUGGAAAACCAGAAAAUAAGUUGGGUCUUCGAGCUUCAAGCACUUGCCCAGUUCACUUUGAUAAUGUAAAAGUUCCUGCUGAGAAUAUACUUGGAGAAUUUGGUCAGGGGUACAAGUAUGCCAUCACUAUGUUGAACGCUGGUAGAAUAGGAAUUGCUGCCCAGUUACUCGGCUGUGCAGCCGGUUGCCUUGACAACACAAUACCAUAUUUGGUAGACAGGAAACAAUUCGGAAAAAGAGUAUGGGAUUUUCAGGCUGUUAAUCACCAAGUUUCCCAUUUUGCUACAAUGAUUGAAGCAGGUAGAAUGUUGGUAUAUAAUGCUGCUAGACGACAUGAAGCGGGGUUGCCUGUUGCAAAACAGGGGGCUAUGGCAAAAUACUAUUGUGGAGAGCUUGCUGGACAAGUGACCACUAAAUGUAUAGAAUUGAUGGGCGGAGUAGGUGUCACUAAGGACUAUCCAAUAGAGAAAUUUUAUAGAGACUGUAAAGCAGGUGCAAUAUAUGAAGGGACUGCAUUCAUUCAGCUGAAUACUAUAGCCAAGGCCCUUGAAGCUGAACUGUGAUUUGUAUGGUGUAUUACCAUGACUGAAUUCCCAAUCUUCUCAACAUGACCCUUUUAAUAUGUGCCAGUAAUCUAACAUGGAGACAAGACUCCGCAAGGAGAGACAUUUGGAUCCCAUACCCAGUACAAUACAGCAGUUGAAUGUUUAUUAUAGUAUAUUUAUUCAGAUUAGCAAAAUAGCAUAACUGCUUAUGUAAAUGCUUCUCAGUGAAGCAAUUGAAUACUACUGGCAAAUAUGGAAGUUGAAGCACAACAUUAUGUUGAAUUCUGGAAACUGCAAGAGUAUGAUGGAUUAUUAAGAUGCACAUUAAUUUAUGAGAUAUAUGAGUUUUACAGAAUCAAAUAUUAUACGGGGUGGCCUAAAAGUAGG